UUUUGCUGGAAGCAGUGCCGAGACCGCCUACUUGGAGAAUAGAUAUAGUCUCCCAUUUGAACAACCUCAAGGCGGCACACCCACCCACUACGGUAUCCGCAACCUUCGCCGCGUUCGAGAACCGAUAUGGGCGAGGGGAGAAUACAGAAGAGCCUUGGCAGAAGAAAGGCGUGCGAUCUAUGUUGUCGUCGGAAAAUACGAUGUGACGCCAAUGUUCCCAAAUGCUCCGCCUGCGUCUUACACGGCACAUCAUGCACAUGGACUCCAGGCCUUCAUGUAAAAGCGCCUACUAGAAAGAUACAAGAUGCCAUGAGCUCACAAAACCGGCGCUUCGCCGAUAUUGAAAGUCGCUUAGCGGCUGUCGAACGCUCCCUUCACAAUAAUCCAGUGCCUCAAAACACGUUGGUGGAAGAACCUAGUUCUCCAGCAUCUACCGUUACAAGCAAUUGGGCAGGACUCAUAUCAACGAUGUCGCCGACCGAAUACAGCGACCAUUUCGCUCUGCCACCACUAAACCAAGUGUCUGCGUUGGUAGAUAAGUAUUUUUCCGACUACAAUCAGGCCAUGCCUCUCUUCUAUCAACCCCAAUUCAUGCGAAUGUUGGACAAUUGGUAUCGGUGUCCCCAUGAACAAAACGAGGCGUCAUGGGCAUCAAUAAACGUCGUCCUCGCUUUGGCUCUGCAACACGCGCCAUCUGCUGCAACAGCAACUGAUGACCGGGUUUCUUCGGAAUGCAUCAAGAACGCUCAAUCAGUACUGAAUCAUCUUGUUAUCCGAGAGGAAGAUUUACAAGGACUACAGGUCGUUCUGGCACUUGUAAUUCUUUUCCUAGGUACCUCGCGGCCGCAACCCUCUUGUGUCCUAAUCGGUACGGCAGUUAAAUUGGCGCACCGACUUAAACUCCAUCUCCGAGACGGGCUCAAUGACAUCAAUAUCGAGCUGGCGGCUCUGAAGGAAAGAUUACUAUGGAUUACAUACAUCCUAGAUAGAGACAUAUCCAUGCGAACGGUGGAACCCUACGGGCUUCAAGACCACGACAUGGAGAUUGACGCUAUUUCAGCAGUCUUGAAAGGCGAUUCUGCUGGUGUUUUAUCUCUCCCGGACGAUCCCUCUCGGACUGCAAACAUAUUCCAUCUCCGAAUUCAACUGGCUCGUAUUCAGGGGCAGAUGUAUGACCUCACAUACUCUGUACGUGCGCGAAAAUUUUCUAGCGACCAACAACAGGCCGCUGUAGAAAAGUUGACGCACUUACUCGAAUGUUGGCGCAGCACUGUUCCUGAGGGCUUUCGUAUUGAAGACCUUUCUACUUGUGCGUCGGAUAAUAUUCUGAGUCAAUUGUUACCCCUAUAUCUUGCGUAUUUUCUAUGCUUGUUUACUGCAAAUCGACUGCAGAGUCGCAAUUCAAGUUGGAUGGAGCGCUUAACAGCUUUCUGUGACGGGAUUGUGCAUAGAGACGCUAUAGCCCUUCCAACUGUAUCUCCGUUACCUGCAACGUCGAAGAUGAAGUUGCUGCCGACCGACUGGCCUAGCAUAGUCCAGGCCGCAAGAUCAUGCAUGAGUCUUUACCAAUUCGUCAGCCGCAGCCGGUUAUCUACACUCCCUAGCAUUGUUUGCAGUUACCAAUCUGCACUCGUAAUCCUUAUUGCAAACAACCUGACCGUGGGAGAGCAUCUUCUCGAUGAUCAUAUCGAAGAUGACUCACAGCUCAUAGAAGAAGCAUUAGUAGCAUUCGAGAAACAGGCUGUAGAAACCGGUGACGAUCUUAAGCAAGCUCGCGUUCUGUCUAUGUGCCGGAGAUUGAACGACGGGUCAAGAUUAGCUAUAUCGAGGUUUCGCCAGGACCAGCCCUCAGUGCCCUUUGCAAAAGGGUUAUAUAGUCUUGAGAAUAUGUUAGACUAAGCGCCUUUAAUGUUAGUACCUGUUAUGAAAUAUC